AUGGAAUCACAGCCUCAGAAUACAGGCACUGAGAAGAUCCUCUCACCUGCCAAGUUGGCACACGUGGUGCUACGAACCGCAAACUUCAAAUCGAUGGUUGCCUUCUACAAAACAUUUCUAGGUGCCCACGCGUCAUACGAGAACGGCACACUGUCUUUUCUGACCUACGAUGAAGAGCACCAUCGAGUGGCCAUCAUUGGCAUUCCCGAGACCAAGCCCAAGGACUCAAACUCUGCCGGCCUAGACCAUCUGGCCUUCACCUUUAACACACUUCACGAUCUCAUGCUCGCCUAUCAACAGCGCAAAACUCGGGGAAUUGUGCCUUUCUGGUGCGUCAACCAUGGCCCGACUGUCAGUAUGUACUAUCAGGAUCCCGACGGAAACAAAAUCGAGCUGCAAGUCGACGCGUUUGAAACCGUGGAUGAAGAGUCUACUUUCUUUGCGAGUUCUGCCUUUGCCGAAAACCCCAUCGGUGUAGAUUUGGAUCCCGAGGACCUGAUUAAACGUCUUCGGGACGGGGAGGAUGAGGGACAGCUCAAGAAGCGACCCGAUAUCGGACCACGAAAAUUCGACUCCGUGCCAAUCCCAGCUGCACCAGUUUCCAUCUCCAUUUAG